AUGGAUAUUAGCAAGCUGCAGUAUGUGCGAGGCCUGCGCCCGGCCGCUCGUAAGCUACUGAAGAACAUGCGACACACAGCGCAGGAACUGCCGGGAACACAAGAAGCCCGCAAACGGAUGCGUUUCGAAAUCGAAGGCCUGCCGAUACGCUUCGGCGUGCCGCUGUUUGUGACUUUUUCACCCGACGAAGCGCGCCAAAUGCUGUACGUCCGCAUGGCGCGAACUCGCUGCAGCGAUCCGGUGCGCGCGGCGCCCUGGGACCAAGACUGGAAUGUGGGGGACCGAGACUACCCACCUGUGGACAAUGACACGACUUGGCCGAUUCAUAUAGAGACCUUCCGUCGGCUUGUGCCAGGCUGGGAUCUCCGACGUCAAGCGUUGGCGCGGGAUCUGCGCCCGGGACAUGCCCUGCGUGUCCCGACUGCAAUCAUAGAGAUACUGGCACAGAGCCGUGCCAAGACGAAAGGGGAAGUAAUGCAACUGUGGUUGGCGGCGUCUUUGGACGCAGCGUACAUCACGAUUGAAGCACAGAAGUCGACCGGGUCAUUGCAUGGGCACUGCCAAUGCUUUGUCCAAUGCUUGCAUCAGCAUACACCACUGCAAGAAAUCUUCCAACUUGGCUGCGACCGGCUAGCCGCUUUACGGGUAGCGUACUUAGAGUACAGUGGCCAUGUCAUGCAUGGCACGUACGCAGGCCACGAUGCGGAAGCCAUAGCCAAGGGCAUUGCCGAUGCAGAAGCUUCAUGGCCUGAACACAAAGACGCGAUGGCUCUGAUCCAGAUCCCCGCCUACCAGCAGCGUCGCGCAUGGGUCGCGCAACAAGCGGCAGAAGAGGAAGGCAGAGCCUGGGCACAGGAGUAUUUGGCACAGGAUGUGAGCACCCUCCAGUUCUUAAAGCAACAUCAUGAUCACCCUCCCAGUGGAGAGACAGGUGACCGCGUGCCCUUGCAUGGCUGCCAAAAAGCAGAUCGCCCCGGAGUAUGCAAAAGCGACUUCCCCCGCGAAGCCUGGGUCACGCCGGUCGCAGCAGUACUGUGCCCAUGCCAAGCCGAAGCUCACGGUAUGGCCACGCAAGGUCGGAAGAACCGCGUUGGAGCAUUGCACAGUCCAUAUGGUAACGAGUGGCUGAAUUGCUGUCACCCAGCAAUGCUAGCCAGUCUACGUGGAGCAAAUGUUGACGUGCAAGUCCCGUACCGGCUCCCGUUCGAUUGCCAGCGAUGUGGGUCUGACCUGUCUGCGGCACAACGGCAAGCGAUAGUUUGCGCAGCGCAACGGGCACAGGAUGCACAGACGGGGUACUGCGCGGACUACUGCGCGAAGAGCCAACCCAUGGCAUUUCAUGAAAUCAAAGAAAUGCAGAAGGGCCAGCAAAGGCUCCAGCAAAGCAUGCAAAGAGAACCGGUGGAAAAAAUCGGACAGAGAACCGCGACGCGGUUCCUGAGUGAUGCGUACUGCAAAGGCAUCGUGCGCGGGCAGGUAGAAUGUUGCAACCUGCGUGCGUAUCAGAAGGGCAGCUGCGUUGUGGCGGCGGAGCGCAUCAGCACAGCAGCCUUCUGCCGGCAAAGCUUACGGGAAGUGAACCCUGCGCACGCGUAUGGCCACAGACCGUCGCGCCCGGACAUAUGGUGUUUGUCUCCGUACGAAUUUACGACAACGUGGGAGCUGGAGCCGCUGCGGAUUCCACGGACACGUAGUGAGUGGCAACAGCUGCGCGGCGCGCACUCGGAUGUGACCUUGACAGCCAGGGGCGCCGCAAAAUGCGGCGCGGCCGGGGCAGACAACUGCAAGGUGCGGCUGCUGCCAGGCGUCGACUUCAGAAGAGCAAAAGGCGCAGAAAGCCGGAACAAGGCGUAUUAUCCGUCAAGCGCCGGAAACGCGCUGUGCCACGCCGGGUGUUUGCGUCGCAAAGCCCGACCACAGUGCCCCCAGAUGGCCAGCGCGCCGGUGCCGAAUAGAACGGGCGAAGACACGGAGAGCAAUGCGAAGAUGACGAUGACGUAUUUUCGGGCAUGGACACUGGACAAAAAAUGCGCUGGAGACACAGUGCUGUACAUCAAGCACUUGCGUGAGCCGGGAACGACGUGGGACAGAAGCUUGCGCAGGUGGUUGCUAAAGCUGCCAUGUGCCGAGACAAAGCAAUACGUGGGCAACUUCUUGAGCGUGUACCGCGUCCGGCCGGAAACCGAGCUGGACAAUAGCGACAACGAGGACGACAAGGAAGAGCUGGUUGUGACAGAAGAGUUGUUAGGCAUCGCCUGCCAAACACAUGUAGCAGUGGAAGAAGACCACAACAAGGAAGGCAAGUGGUCCAAACAUCGACGUUUGCUCGUGGACGCGUUACAGCGCGCCGAACAGCACUGGGGUGGCUGCGGCGUAGCGACGAGUGCACCGGGAGAAGUGGAAAACCCAUACGCGACAACCGACACAAAGGGCGUCGUCAAAGGUUUGCAUCGCUUGGCGGAGGCCCCCGCUGGGAACGCAACGCAGACGAGCCUAGAGCCGAGCGUGACGCGACGGUCCGCGCAGAGCUGCUGGCAGAAGCCGGUGCCAGGCCGCAACCACUGCGUUGGGUGGUGCACGGGGGGUCCCGGCACGGGUAAGUCGCACACGUUGAAAUUGAUCCGUCGUGAGCUCUUUGAGGGUAUCGCCGGGUGGACGCAUGGCUCGCAAUACCGCGUUGUCACGCUGCAGGCGGUGAUGGCCAAGGAACUGGACGGCGAUACCAUUCAUCACGCGAUGGGCUUAAAUUGGCAAGGCGCGUCCGACGACAGGAUCAGCGGAAGGAAAUUCCUCGACCUCAGUGCGAAGGCCAUGCAAUGGCGGUGGCUGAUCAUUGAUGAAAUAAGCAUGGUAAGCGCUGAGCUGCUGGCAAGAAUGGAUUUACGAUGCCGAGAGCUAGUGCGCGAUCUAGCGCAGAGCAAGUACGCCCCGGGCAGCGCACACGCGCAGCCCUUCGGAGGGUUGAACGUACUAGUGGCAGGUGAUUUAUGGCAAUUGCCACCACCACGCGGAACCUUUUUGGGGGAAGUGCCUUGGGAAAUGCUGACCAAGGGGAGCAGUAAAAAAGUCGCCCACACCGUGCAUGGGCAAAAGCUUGUGUGGGGCUCGCAGACGGAGAACAGCAUCAUCCACGGCAUCACAGAACUCGAGCAAUGUGAGCGCGCGCGAGACACAUGGCUGCAGACGCUGCAGCAGCAGAUUCGGGAAGGUGCCUUGAGCGCCGACAAUCACGCCUUCCUCCAUGGGCACGACACAGGUGUCCCGGGAAGUUGGUCUGGCGAAAAAUUGGACUGCGAAAACGCAGCGUGCCAGCAACUGUUGCAAAGGAAAGUCGUCCCUGCUCGCAUUCGCAGACUCGAGUGCAAGCAAUGCCAGCACGAACGCGCCUCGAAAAAGCGAGUGUUGGAAGGAAACAUGAGGGGUGAUGAGCAAAGGAAGCUAGAGCAAGCAAAGGCGGUGUUUGCGACGAAUGCGGUGAAGUACCACGUCAACAAGCUGCGGGCGCUAAACUGGGCACGCCAGCACGGGCAGGCGGUCAAAUAUGCCAUUGCAAAAGACACAAUUUCCAGCCGGGCGUUGCAAGAAAAAACGGACUUGGGCAAAGACAAGUUGACAUGGCUACAACGUCACGAUCAGGACUGUGGCGGGCUGUACGGGGUUUUGCCCUUGUGCAUCGGCAUGCCGGUCACGGCAACCGAUCACUUGGAUCGCCGCAGAGGCAUACUGAAGGGAUGUCCGGGCACAGUUGUUGGAUGGAGCUGGCAUGAAGCAGCGGGCGCCGCAGCAGGGAGUACGACACAGAUUUGGAAUGAGCUCCCAAGUUGUGUCUUUGUCCGGUUCCAGACCAAGUCAGAGUGGCGAGUGCAGGGGCUGGCCACGGACAACGUGUUUCCGGUGACGCUCCAACGGCAAGCGUGGCAUCUGGACAAAGGCCGAAAGCGGCCCAGGCCCAUGCUGCGGGUGGUGCGACGGCAAUUUCCGUUGGCACCCGGGUUUGCCACCACGGCGCACGCAGCGCAGGGCCAAACUUACGCAGAAGGGGCAGUCACGGACAUGCAGAUCGGCGAAGGCGGAGACCCGCUGACCGCAUACAUCGCUGUGACGCGAGUGAAAGAUAGACACGGGUUACACAUAUACAGACCAUUCGAUGCUGCACCCUAUCAGAAAGGACGCAGCGUAGGGAGAGCUUUGCUGUUGCAGGCCUGGCGCGGAGAGAGCAUUGACUGGGCAACGUUGCGCAUGCGGCACCGCGAGGAGGAAGUGUGUAGCGAGUGCCGCGAAAGCAAACCCAGAAGCGGGUACAGCGCCGGGCAAUGGAAACGGGACGCGGACGCACGUGUGUGCAGAGAAUGCGUGCGCAACUACGCGGCCAACAACACGCCCUGGCAACGCAACAGUUGCAAGGCAUGGAAGCACGAAGACGCCUUUGCUAGAAUGUACACGCGCCCCGCAUGCACGUUCUACCGCGUGUGCCAGACGUGCGAGGCACAGAAGCGGUGCUACAAGUGCGGUACGGCCAAGCCGGAAAGUGCAUUCGGGGCGGCCGCGUGGACAGGGCGCCAUGCACACCGACGUGUCUGCAGGGACUGCGCCAUGAAAGUGAAGGGUGCAUGGCGCUGCGCCGUGUGCGCGGAACGUAAGGCGUGCAAUGACUUCAGCGCCUGGUCCAGGCAGCGCACUGCGCCGCAAGACGGAACGCAGCGUUGCAACGCUUGCGUCCUCAGCGCGGCCCAGCGCGCAGCAGCGCAGCGCGCAAACGACGGACGUGCGCGGUGCAGAGGACGGCCUGCCCGGGCGGAUGCACCGGUCGACA